UCAGGCUCUUUUAAUACAUCCAUGCAGCCAGGAGGACCAUGGUUGAGGGGCGGGUUUAGUGCUAUUCUGGAAAUCCUUUUGCGUAAUGUUAGCGCAUCUGUAUCGGCAAAAAACACAGCGAUGUGUGGCUCUGCCGCUUCGCACACUGUAUAUUUUAUCUAACCUAGUCAAGAUUGAGCACUUCAACAUAAUGGGUGUGUGCUGCACAGGACUUUACUGUUAGUCUUCAUAUAUAACCCAUCAAAAAGUAGCCUAAGAGUUAAAAGGUUUACUGAAUCAGGUGAGAAUAUGGCACAAGUAGAGGAGUCUCACACUGAAGGAGAGGGUAGCCCUCAGAUGAUUUCCUUAAGAUCAGACGUAUCAGGGAACCACGUGGACGAUGGAGAAGUGGGACCCUCAAUAAGGAGGAAAAGGAGAAAGAAGAAAGACCCGCGUCCAGAAUCCUUUAUUGUUUACCGCUCUGAAAUGGAGAGGGCACCUGGAGAGGACCAAGGCGGCGAGGAGGGAGCAGAGAGGAGCACAGAAGAGGGUGCAAAAUUCCUCUGCACACCUACAGGAGAAGGAGGAUGGAGCCUUCCUCCAGACAGCCGCUACGUGACCCUGACAGGCACCAUCACCCGAGGAAAGAAGAAGGGUCAGGUGGUGGACAUUCAUCUCACUUUGACGAAGAAGGAACUCAGGGAUCUGGCUAAGUCAAGGGAGCGUCUUGAUGCAGAGUGUGAGGCGGGAGAGGGCUCCAAACGCAACUGCGGCUUAGGUGUGUGCCAGGGACCCCAUGUCGUCCUGUGGAGCAUCUCCUUCCUCCUCUCCUUCAUAACCUCGUUCUACUACGGCACUCUCACCUGGUACAAUGUCUUCCUGGUGUACAAUGAGGAACGAACGUUCUGGCACAAGAUUACAAUAUGCCCCUUCCUCAUCAUCUUCUACCCCAUGCUCAUCAUGCCCAUGGCGCUCUCUCUGGCUCUAUAUUCCGCCGUGGUGCAGGUGUCUUGGGCCUUCAGUGAGUGGUGGCAAGCUGUGAGGGACCUGGAGAAAGGCUUCUGCGGCUGGGCCUGUGGGAAGCUGGGACUGGAGGACUGUUCCCCCUAUAGCAUAGUGGAGCUGCUUGACUCUGAUACUGUUUCUGGCACUCUGCAGAGCAAAGCCCCCAGUGAACUUGCCCAGACAUCAUCAGUGUAAAGUGUGGGCAUGUGGGAUAGAUGAGGGGGGGGGGGGGCUGAGGUCCAAGGCACAUUUAGGCCAAAGUCUCAUUUAACUCAGUCACGGGAAAGUCAAUUAAAGUCGUUUCACAAUACAUUUCUGUAAAUAACAACUAAUCAAACACUGCCUGAAUUGUCCUAAAAUGCUGAACUAUUGCUACAAUUUUUUUAAAGAAUUAUUGGAUCCAUAUCACUAUAAGUUAUUCCUCUGAGCAAGGGAGUGGUAAUGGUUUUUUGUCACAUCACUGAAUCCUACUCAUAACAUUUUGAGACAUGUAGGCCUUGGUGCCUCCUGUAGUAAAGUAUAGAUAGACUGGCUGUGGAUACACACAAUAUUUUGGUCUUCUAAAGUUAAACCAAGUUUCACUUCAUCUGUAAAUAUCUGUAACUAAAUGUAUUAAGUUUAAGAGAGGAUGCAUUUCAAAGGCAACACUGUCUUGUUUUAACUCAUCAUAAUCGCUCUGGGAAGUAUUGAAUUUGAAGUAAGGCUGGAUUACCAACUGGGAAAAGUGGACAACUCCCCCAAGGGCUCCAUGUAUAAAUUACUUUGUGGAAAUUAGAUUACUGAUUUGAUUGGAAAUAUGCACAAUUGAGAAAAAUAUUGACUAAAACAAUAAGCACCUUAAGAUAAGUAAUGUCUUGUUAAGGGAUUCUGUGUCAGCAUCUAGUUUUUAAAGGGUAAUGAAGGAGUUACUUUAUAUUCAUUGAUUUGUGAUCAUUUUUAGAAAACAAUGGAAGUGUGUGGCUCAGAUAAAUAAGCUACGUCAGGCUUCGCUUGUUAGAAGGAUUAAUCCAAUGUAGAUUUUGGCCUUUCAUAGGUUUUGUUGACAAUACGGAAAAUAUUGAAUAUUACCAGCUUCAUCCUGUAAUAACUGUAUUAUUGUGGAUGGUACGGUGCUUACCUGGUGCAUAUACCUAAAAAGAUGUGUUUCAUCAAGAAGUACGCCAGCAUGCAUGUGUGUCUGGGCAUAGAAGCUGAUUAUAUUUAAGCUGCCAUGUGUUGCUGCUGUGUGCUGUCACCUAAAUGUACACAUCAAGUACAUAGGACAUAAACAAUGUACAGCGGAAGAGGGGUAUCUAUUUUUUGGCCCAUCAGUUCAGCCAUAAUUUGAAGCCAUAGUCAGAACAAGCUGACACACAGUCUUUUUUUCACAUUGAAUGCAUCCUCCUCACAGAUAUUUGUGAUCUUAAACUACUUGUAUAGUCUUCAUAGUUUUGUUCCACACACAAGUAAAAUGAAGUUCACUGUAAUUUUCUACCUGGGAAUUCCUGUUACAGUUCCACAGUCAUAUUUUGAAUGUUGAUUUAAUUUAUUUUAAAUAUUUAUGUCUAGUACACUUCCUGAAAUUGUUGCGCCUAGGUGUUUUAUUUGAAUUAAUUAAGUCAAUUAGGUUUAAAUAUUUGGUGAUUCAAAUGUUUAUGAUCAGAUUGGCUGGUUGGAGUUAUUGAAUUUUGUUUUCAUACAGACAGAGACAUGGAUCAGUGUUUGUGGAUUGAGUCUGUAUUAAACAGUACAUGUUCUGAAACCACAAGAUGCAAAGUAAAGAAUUACUCAAAGGAAAUAAAGUGUUUGUCAUUACAUC